AUGCUUGCCGCUAACAGCUCUGCUACCCCCGCUCCUGUUGAUAGCACGCGCGAGGAUCUCGACGACGACAGUCUCCAUCUUGGUUGUCCUUUGCAAUCCAGCUUCAGCCAUUUGAUACGGAAGGACCAGAUACUGACUGCCGAUGCCCAUCCAGCAUCCAACUGCUCGGAUAGGCCCUCUCCAGCUCCCACUUCUACGCCCUCCAUCAAUCAGGAUUCACAGUCCCCACCCGCCAAUGAAACUUGGGAUUUGAUACCGUACGACGUUCCCUGGGGUCGUGAAUAUCAGAACUAUCGCCCUGGUGUUCUCCCCGGUCCCGAUGGCGAUUGCGUAUUCUUGCGAUCCCCUACUCCUGAUUCCGUCGAGCAGCAUCGGAAACAGCGCACGGUCGAGGCAUGCAGGAACUGCCGUGAACGACACUCUAAAUGCUCCGGAACUCGCCCUACUUGUACUCGCUGCAUCAAGAAGGGUCUGCUCUGCAAUUACGCCUCCGAGACCCCCCCGAUUAAGACAGAGGAGGCGUGCCAGUGUUCCGGCGCCCAUCCUGCUUGUGCCCGUUGCGCUGUCAGAGGAUCUGUUUGCCAGUACGCCUCGAAUAACAAACAUCGUGAACACCAUCCGCAUACAGUUGUUUCCUGCACGUCUCCGGCCUCCCGAGUACAGAACCUGCGCCGCGUCAGGAAGCAGCUCUUGCUUCCUAAAGCCGGAUCUCCUGUUGUCAAGGAACUUUCGGUCAAGCAGGAGAAGCUCGACCUAGACGCCAUUGGCUUUUCCCUCAGCCUCGCGGGCGAUCACACACCCGCGAGCCCUACCUCGAUGUCUUGGGAGUCGUCAACUAGAUCGGAGGAAAGCGAGGGAUUAAAUCCUUUCUCCCACGUUAGCUCGUAUACUGUCGAUUCCCCUACCGACGGUGAAAACGACGAAUCCAUCAUUCUACCUCCGUACAAUCAGAGACCCUCCUUGCCCCAUGGAGAGUUGUUGUCUAACGCCAGCGCCUUUCAUUCCUUCCCCAAUCCGAGCUCAUCCGCCUUCGUUCCAAAUCCUAUCCGUCAAAUGGUCCCCACGUCUCUGCUUGAGGCAGACAGCAUGCGCUACGUGCAGCCAUACGAGGACGUCAAACCCGACCAGACCAAUAUGUUCGCCGCCGCCGCCUCGUCGCCACACGAAUCAUGGGCCCUACUCUGGAGUACCCAGUGGUCCGAGACACCAUAUCUCCCUAGAAUGGCACCCAUUUUGUCGGUCGCUCGUGUCAGGACGAGCUCUUCAGCCACGCAGAGAGCACAGUCACCCGGACGUUACUCAGACGCAAUUGCUGUCUUGCUCUAUGUUGAUGAAGCGUACAGCUGUGACUUAACUGCAAUCGUCCCAGUUUGCCUGCUAGACGGCUAUACCGCGCACUAA